AUUGCUGGUUAUUGAAAGAAAACAUUAUGGACGUAAACGAAAGAACUAAUCUGCUAGAUAGAAACCGUAUUGAUGGAUUAUCCACGACGUUCGCGAUUAUUUGUAUUAUGGAUGUGUUCGGGGUGUUUCCUGUUGUUACGUUGCCGAAGGCAAUUAUGGAUUGUGGCUACUAUGGUUUUUUUUGUAAUACUUACAGUUUGUACAACACAAGUUUAUACUGCUGCUUUACUUGGACGAUGUUGGGUUAUCGCCGAAGAAAUUCACCCCUCAAUUAAGACCAAAAACAGAUAUCCUUACGCUGCUUUGGCAGAAGUUACUUUUGGAAAAAAAUUAGCGAGUACUGUUACAUUUUUACUAGACCUUACAGUUUUUGGUGCUGGCAUACCAAAUCUUAUUGUUGUCACAUCGGUCUUUUUGUUAGUCUGUGGAUGCAUUUUGUUCGACGCAAAUGAGUCAACUCCACAACCUGCGCAAAUUGAUAGCACAUUUCCGUGGAAAACCAUAUUAAAAGCUUACGGAAUUUUAGCUUUUCAGUUCGACAUUCAUCCGUCUAUCCUGACUAUACAAGUUGACAUGAAUGAUAAAUCGCAGCUGUCAAAGGCGAUCGUCGGGGGAUUUUCAACCACAAAUUACUGGAAAAACAUUGGAAUACAAAAAAAUUUCUAUAUGUACUGUAAAUAUAUGACUAAAGUCUUUGACUGUGUUCGAUUAGAAGAUGAAUUAUAA